AUGGAGAAAUGUUUGGUUGGGGGAAAAGUGAAUUAUGUUCUUGAUGAAUUGUUAAGUACAGAGCGCACUUAUGUCCGCGAAUUGGCUGAAAUCAUUCAUCAUUAUAUUCUACCUUUAGAGGCUCUUGAGUUUACUAGCAACAAUGGAACAGCUAAUUCACAUAAUAUUUUACCAGGACAGUCUAAUAUACUUUUUGGAAAUAUUCGAGAUUUGGUAAAAAACUUUUUUGUAAAAGAAGGGGAGAGUGGGACCUUUCUUGGGGAUUCUCGGGCUUAG